AUGCAACCUCCAGAACCUAAGGAUGAAAACCCUCGUCGAUCAAGUAUGAACCAGAUUCACUUAUUGCCUGCUGGCGACCCCGAUAAUCCCGUUCCACCAUUUACCGAAGAAAUCAUGGCUGCAAGAAUCUCUAGGAAAUUCAAGCUCCCAACCAUCAAAGCCUAUGACGGCACGGGUGACCCUGCUAACCUCGUCCGGACCUUUAUGAAUGCACUGUUGCUCCAGCCAGUCACAGAGGCAAUCAAGUGCCACGCUUUUCCUCAGACUUUAAGUGGGAUGGCGCAACACAUGUACAGUCGCUUACCCCCAAAUUCUAUCUCUUGUUUUGCUGAUUUGAGUAGGGCCUUCAUAGGACAAUUCGUGGGAAGCAAAACCCAUGCCAAGAGUUCUGCUUCAUUGAUGAAUUUGCACCAAGGUAAGAAUGAAUCCCUCCGUGAAUACAUGAAUCGUUUUACUAAAGAGGUCCUGAAGGUCCCUGACCUAGACCAGAAGGUAGCCAUGAUUGCACUCCAGCAAGGAACCACAGAUGACAAUUUUCGUCGAUCUUUAGCUCAGAGGGCCCCGGACAAUAUGAAUGACUUACAAGAAAGAGCUGGGAAGUAUAUUAAAGCCGAAGAGAGUUUAAGAAAGUCCCAGAACAAUCAUGGACCGAACACCAACUUCAAAAAGCGUGGAAACGACACGGAAUAUAAUGCCGAGAAUAAGUACCCCAAGAGAGACGACGAUGAAAAGUCCCCUGUUAAAAAGAAAUUGGGACCGAGGUUCACUGAAUAUGCUAGGAUUAAUGCCCCAAGGAGUCAAAUUUUAAUGAAAAUUGAGGAAGAUGAAAGUGUUAGAUGGCCGAAGCCUAUAAGAACCGACCCGGAAAAACGAAACAAAGAUCUAUAUUGUCGAUUCCACAAGGACACCGGACAUAAGACUGAUGACUGUCGACAGUUGAAGGAUGAGAUUGAAUUUUUAAUUCGAAGAGGCAAGUUGUCCAAAUUCACUAAAGAUGGAGACAAAAAUCAGGAUCGUGGAAGAGAUAACGGUGACAAAAGAACUCAGCCUCGAGGGCCGGUAAUUAAUGUGAUCUCCGGAGGACCGACAGCUGCUGGUACUUCCAGUAACUCAAGGAAAGCUUAUGCAAGAGAGGCAAUGAGUAUAGUUGGGGAACCCCCGAAGCGGGCAAAGAUUUAUUAUGCUUUUGAUAAUGUAGAUCUGGACAGGGUUAAAUUCCCCCAUGAUGAUCCCCUGGUAAUUACACCCGUGAUUGGAAACUCGUUUGUGAAAAGGGUACUUGUCGAUAGCGGAGCUUCGGUGGACAUCUUGUUUUACGAUGCGUAUGAGAAGAUGGGAUAUUCCGAUUCACAGCCGACACCCUCGGACAUGCCUAUAUACGGUUUCAAUAAUGCAGACACACGAAUUGAAGGUAUGAUUCAGCAACCAGUAACUAUGGGUGCCGAGCCUAGACAGGCCACAUGUAUGUUGAACUUCUUGGUAGUUAAAGCCUCGUCGACCUACAAUGCUAUUCUCGGAAGAACAGGGAUACACGCUUUCAAAGCAAUCCCAUCUACCUACCAUCUAAAGGUUAAAUUCCCGACUAGGAACGGAGUAGGAGAGGAAAUUGGAGAUCAGAAAAUGGCUCGAAGUUGUUAUGUUGGAGCACUGAAAUCAGGAGGAGUAGGGGGCAAGUAUUGCCCAUAG